AAUGAAUCACUUGAGUCGGUUCGUUCGUUUUGGUGAUUCAUUUGAAACGGUUCGUUCGUUCAUUCGCUAUCUCUAAGUCAGUCACCUCCUCUGUGUGUGUGUGUGAGAGAGAGAGAGAGAGAGAGAGAGGUGGAGUGUGUACUUGUAGAUGACUGACCUCGCACUGAAUGGACUGGGAUUCUCAGCCACGUAAGUAGUUAGUACACCGCAGGAGAUGAUGCCUUGCUGAAAUAAGGGAUAGGCCUGGGAAAGUCGGCCAUCCCUUUUUCCUCUCCAGCAUCUCAAUCGUCGCUAGAUCCUGAGCAAGACAUUUCGGAAUAAAUAACAACAAUAAUAAUAAUAACAACAAUAAUAAAAAUACUCUUAAGCAAAAUUGCAGCUACAGAAGGACCUCCUAAAGAGAGAGAGAGAGAGAGUUACAAAUAAAGGGUUGGUGCUUGGGUCGAUUCCUCUCGUUUCCCGAGUGAAGCAGAUGGCGAGCAGAAGAGCUGCGUGGAAAUGAGCAGUUGGGAGAAGCAGCAGCAGCAGCAGGAGGAGGCCGCUGAAUGGAAACGGAGCCCUUUCUCAGGAAAGCCGACACCACUGACCGGUUAGUUCGCACGUUAGCCGAGGCAUUUCUGCUCUCCAGCACUUGGGGCAUUUAACACCGCUGUGUUGAAUUUGGGAAGCACUGUUUCUCCUCCAUCUUUGCACUUGUGUGGAAACGGUUUUCCUGCAGCAAAACUCCAGCAUUCAUCCUGAAGAGUCUGCGUAACUUUUUUUAUUUUUAUCAUCCGGAAUAUUCAAAAUCAAGCCCGAGCUUCUUUUCUUGCACGAUUAUCAAAGACCUGAUUGAUCUUUCAUUGUGCAGCUGCUAAUCGAUUGAUGUGUUGCGUAUCGUGAGUCACAUCAAAGGGCUGCUUUUAUUAAUGUGUUUUGCAACUUAGUUACUGUUUCUCCGCACAUACUGUAUCAGACUAGACCUUUUCUCGUCCGAACUGACUCCUCUGAGCCACGACCUCAAGCCUCGCACCUUGCUUUAGGAGAAACCUCAUAUAACACCCAUGAACAUACAGCGCUCAAAUCCCAUUAACAUCGCACGGUAUGGGAGAGCGAGGCACAAAGCGCAUGAAUUGGAGGAGCUGUCUUGUCUACAACAGAGGACUCCGGAGCCGAAUCAGAGCUUUAGUCCCAAUCUAGGCUCCCCGAGUCCUCCAGAGAGCCCGGACUCCACUCACCGAGUGUCCUGCAUCGGGAAUUACCUCUUACUGGAGCCGCUGGAGGGAGACCGCGUGCUCCGGGCCGUGCACUUACACAGCGGGGAAGAGCUCGUGUGCAAGGUGUUCGAUAUCAGCCGAUAUCAAGAAUCAUUAGCUGCCUACUUUGUACUGGGUGCUCAUCAGAACAUCAACCAAAUAGUGGAGAUUCUGCUUGGAGACACGCGGGCGUACGUGUUCUUCGAGAGGAGCCAUGGAGACAUGCACUCGUUUGUCCGCACUUGCAAGAAGUUGCGAGAGGAAGAGGCUGCCAGACUCUUCUAUCAGAUAGUGUCCUCCGUGGCACACUGCCAUGACAAUGGCCUGGUUCUCAGAGACCUCAAGCUGAGGAAGUUCGUCUUUAAGAACGAGGAAAGGAGCCUUGUUAAGUUGGAGAGUUUAGAAGAUACAUACCUCCUAAAGGGAAGCGAUGACUCUCUCUCAGACAAACAUGGCUGUCCGGCUUACGUAAGCCCGGAGAUCCUCAACGCCAGUGGCAGCUACUCGGGCAAAGCGGCAGACGUGUGGAGUCUGGGCGUCAUGCUGUACACCAUCCUCGUUGGCCGCUACCCUUUCCAUGACGUGGAACCUGGCUCACUUUUCAGCAAGAUCCGCCGUGGCCACUUCAGCAUCCCCGAGACGCUGACGCCCAAAGCGCGCUGCUUGAUCCGCAGCAUCUUGCGGCGGGACCCAACCGAACGGCUGACUUCACGUGAAAUACUGGAGCAUCCCUGGUUCCAGGCAGCCACUGGCCAGGCUGGCACUGCCUAUGCCAGAGGAGAACGUGAAGCAGACCAGAUGGUGCCUGAGGCCAACAUGGAGGAAGAGUUGGAGCAGUUCCUCAGCUGAGCAGCACAAAAAAAAAAAAAAAAGACAUUUUGCCACGUGUUUUAGAUGACAGAAUGCACUUAUACAAUGGUGUUUAUCUUCUUUAUCUCCCAUUCCAUGGAGAAAACCUGUGAAGGUCUGGCUUGAUGGUGUGGAACACCUUCAGCAAGAGCUUCUGGGCAAAUGCAAAUGUUAAUGUUCAGUAAUGUAGCAAGACUUAUAACUAUCUUUAGGUUGAGUUUUCUUUUUUAUUUUAAGUGGUGCUCAUGGGGUGUUCAAGUCAUAUUAAGCUACAAAAACAAAAAAACAUGAUGGCACAGGAGACCUCAGCCAAGGAGAACAACACCAACAUCAAGCAAACUGCAACCACUCCUGUUCUGAUUUAUCAAAGUAGACAACAUUUUCUCCACGUAUUGAACUUUUUGUUGGCUGCAUUUGCAUAUUUAUUCAUUAUGUUUUUUAAAGUAUAUUACUUACAUCAUUCUGCUCUUUCAUAGCCUUAUAGGCCAAUACUAUAAAAUGUAUGUGGCGGCUAUCGGUAGAAUUAAAAUAUAAGUUUGUAAAUUCUUCUUUUCAGGCUUGAUCCCCCUUCCAUCUGUGUUAUUUGCGUUUCUCUCAUCUGCGUAAGACUGCAUUAACUCAGCUUUCUGUGUUGCAUUAAGCUAUUCCUUCUACUCUGUUAUUGCUGCUUAUUUCUCCUCUAGCUUGAAAUGAACCUCUUUGAGCCUUGAGACGUGAGGGGCGUUUGGCCUUCCUCGGCCAAGCGAAUGGUCCAUUCCAUCUCUGUAGACUAGCAUCUAUUUAAUUAAUUUCAUUCUUCUGCUGAAAUGAAAGAGUUUUUAAUUUAAAGUAACAACUACUAUAUUUAAAUAUAUUUGCAGGAUUUUCUUUAUACCUUAGUUUCUGUUUCCACAAAUAUUGUAGGCAAUACAAUACUCUUGACACAGGACAGGUUUGAUGUUGGCAUUAAAGACUGUCCCAAGGUUUAGAAUAAACCAUCGAACUUAAGUGCCAGUAUUUGUGCCCCACACCACCAAUGCCGAUAACAUCCCUUCUCUUUUUACUUUUGAUUUAGCUUUUCGCACCUUGGUAAACGAUGUUACUACGACUACACUGUCUCCAGUACCUCAUGUUACUUUUCUACUGCCUGCCUAGGUUCUGUGAAAUGAUCAUGUUCUAAAUAGGUACAUGUGGACAUGUUUUGUGGUAUAUCAAUGUUACUUCAAAUUGUGAUCUCUAGUUAAUGGCAUGUACCCUUUUGAAUGCUAUAGCCUAGCAGGAGGGCUGGGGAAGUUGUUUUUUCAUUUCGUUUCGUAAAGUAAAUCCUUGCAGAUUCUAUUUUUUAACUGCUAGGAGUUUAAGUUGCCUCUGUAAAAGCAUUAGGUUUAUAUAAAAAUAUAAUAUAAUUUUUUUUAAAUGCUUUCAGGUAGAAUUAAUUGCCCACGUUAGUUGGUGCUGAGUGAAGGACUUUUUUUUUUUCCCUUUGUUUUGUUUUGAAGGGGUGGGGGGCAUGCAUGGUGGGAUAUCUGCCUCAGAUGCUCUGAUUGUAAUGUAACUGAUUUUGGUGUUUUGUCCAAAUUUAUUCAGUAAAUAAAAUGUGACCUGCACACCGAA